UCAUACUGCGUGCUCAGGUGCUGCACCUAUCUACAGCUGCCUACCUGCUUGCCAGUUAACAGUCGUCCUAUUAUCAACUUUCUACAAAUGUAAUUAAGGAAAUGUAUAGAAAAUAUAGUUGAAGCUAUAAAGGAUACAGCAUAUCACGAUGAAUUUGGAUGAGAGUAGAGUGAUUUUAUAUUUUGGAAUCCAGAUUCUCUGACAAUCCUCGGCAAUGGGUAAAAUGAACUUUCGCGCCACUCUUUUAAGAGCAUGGCUGAUAUCAAUCGUACUUCUCUUCCUAGUUGGAGUGAUAUUGUUAGUGUGUGGAGCAAUUUUUGGAGCAAACAAAUCUUUACUAAUCACGGGUGUUAUCUGUGUGACUAUUGCAAUUCCGAUGAUAUUAUUUUACAUUGGUAUCAAGCGAUGUAGAAGAAAGAGAAAUCAAUGCAAAGGCCAAAGCAACGGUCAAGUAUCUACUAUAUACCCACCCGAAUAUUAUACUCAAACUCCUCCAGGCUUAAAAACGGAUUAUCCCAUGGGACCGUUUUUGAUCAUGACUUUACCUAGAUCUAGAGAGGACAGAAGAGGAAGCUGCCAUUUCGAAGAGAGUGCAAACUCUACACCGAGUGCUUCUUGUCAUCGAAAAUUAGCUAUGAAUCGCAAAAACGUUCCUCCUUUAGCGAGCGCAGAGACUCUAACUCCAUCUUUGCUGUCUACUUCGACAGGAUUCGAUAGCGUGAUCUAGAACUAAGGAAGAAACCGAGAGUAUCAUCUACUAAUGCAUGGUUUCCGUGACCCUCGUAAAAAAAAAAAAAAGUGCAGGAGAUGAUGUUGCCAUAGAAACUAUUGAGAUAUAUCGAAGCCAAAUUGAUCAAAAUAAAACCAGAAGCGACCAUUUAU